AUGACACUGUCCAGCCAGAAGAAAGUAUCGAGGGGCCGAGGGUGGACGGAGCCCGAAGUCCAGUCAAUGUUGGACGUAAUCGAAGAUCAACUUCCCAUGGGUCCUGCCCAGUGGGAUGCAGUGCAAGAGUCAUACAUGCGCAUUCAACCAGCCGACCAAGGUGCACCACCCCGAGAUGUCGACAGCAUUCGCCGGAAGUUCAAGACAUUGCGCAGCGCUCGCAAACCUACAGGCGACCCUCUGUACCCUCCGGCGGUAUCCCGAGCCAAGCGAAUUCAACGAGCGAUUGAGCCGUUUAUGGGAGUACGAGACCUCGAGUGUCCGGACGAGCUUGGUAUCAUGGACGAAGGCGAAGCCAUGGACGAAGCCGAAUCCGACGUAGAGACCAAAGAGAGCUCUACUACCACAAGUGUAGUAGCGACGCAGCGCACUGGUUUGACGGCAGCGGAACUGGCUGUAUUGGGCAAGGCGUCUGGUUCGGAACCUAUCCUCAGCCACAAAGCGCAACGUCGGCACAAGAUUGACGAUAUACUUGCUGCUAUUGCCGAAAAUCAGGAAGCCAAGCGUCGCCGCUCUGAAAACAAUCCAUGGUUGGAAUUGUUUGUACACUGUACAAAUGGCGAAACGAGAUGA